AUGACCCGCGAGUGCUCCCUCCUGCUGCCGCGAGUCUGCGCCGCCCUGGCCGACCCGCGGAAGUCCGGCUACGACGACACCUGCCUGGAGAAGCUACUCGACUGGUUCCACCUCUUGACAAAGUUUGAUCCUAGUGUGGAGCUGCUGCAAGACAACCCCUGUCUAAUAGAGUUCAUCACCUCUGUGUUGGCACUGCCAGAGCCCCGUCCAAGCAUCCUCUCCUUCACUCUGCAGUUAGCUGGGAUUCUUGCCUCUUCUGAAAACCGCUUCCAACACUUGCAGCAGGAGCAGCUGUUGGUCAGGCUCUUUGGCAGGGAUGGGCCUCUGAACAGCGCGUUGUGGAGGGAUGCGUCUGUGCGAAGCGGCUGGGUGAAUGGUGUGCACAACAUGAUGAUGCACCAGGCUGCCCUCCAGUUACUCUGCAGUGGUGGAGGCAUGGAUGUGAUCUUCACUCUGCAAGGAGAUUCCAGUCUGUUUGUGGCUUCAGCUGCCAGUCAGCUUCUGGUGGACAUGCUCAUGCUCUCUGUAGAGACUGAAGUGACCAAACCUCUCAGUACAAAGGACUGUGGCUGGCCAGCAUGUGCCCAAACAAUUAUAAAACAUAUAGAAGAUUCCCUUCAGUCCAGCUCUGCUGCUCAGAUCGAGCAGUCGUUAAAACUGUUAACUAGUUUGUUUGGCAGUUGUCAUGCUACAUGGACUGAAGCUCUUUGGUUAUGUGUUGCCAAGCAAGUGGAAUCCUUUCUGACAGAAGAGACUGUUCAAGCACAGCAUGUGCUGGCAAAGCUUUUGCUUAAGAUGGCAUGGUCCCCUGUGUUUUUUAACACUGAAAGCAGUUUUUGGAUGUUAGUGACUUCAGCUCUGGCACACUUGACCCCAAUACAAGCAGGUCCUUUGGCAGUGGGACUUCUAAAGCUCUGCAAAUGCCCACAAGAUGUGAGGAUUCAGGCAAUGACUGUUCUGCUUCAGCCAAUGGACUGUAUUUUGAGAGCAACCUCCCAGCCUCUGGAAUAUGCAGGUUUGCUGGACGAGUCUGUUAGUGAUCCCAUCACUGUUGAAGGUCUUCUGUCCUCCAAGUCAUCUUGUGUUAGUCUGCUUAAUCAGACUCUUGCACAUCUGGAAGAGCUGCUGUCCUGGAGUCGUUUCCCAGUGGAUUUACCCAACACACCUCUGCUACGCUCUCUCAUAACAAUAUUGCAGUUCUGUAAUGGAUUCCUGAGCCCAGCUUCUCCUCUGGGGAGCACCAUAAGCCGAAUCUUGAUCAAUUGUGUCAGAGUACAGAGGUCAGCCCUUGCUGUCCUAGCAGCCCUCUCCAACAGAAAAGUCUGUGGCACACUCUUAGAAAGCCUAUUUGAUGUCCUUCUGGCAUACCUGGAGAGUCCAAACACCAGCCCUACUGUUCUAAAGAAAACAUUUCAAGCUACAUCCAAGUGGCUGGCACGCAGGCAGGAACUCUCCUGCUCCAACAGUCACUGGCAAAAAACUGAGAAGAUUUUGGAAGAUGUCUUUCUGGUGCUUCAGAAGCGUUUGUGCAGUCCUUGCUGGGAAAUAAGAGAUUCUUCUUUGGAGUUCCUCACUGACCUGAUUAAAUGCUUGAGAGACCAGGAUGAGUUCAAGCAGUCUCUCCUGUCUUCAGAGGUGCCGAAGCUCACAGAAAAUCUUCUUGAGGACCCAGAAAGCUACGUGCGAGCAAGCGCUGUCACUGCUGUGGGACACUUGGCCUUCGUUACUUACUUUGCUCCAGAGUCACCUGUCGUAGGGGAUCAGUAUAAUAAAGAGAAUGUAGCAAAGCUUCAAGAAAUCCUGUCAACAGACCCAGAGGGCUUUCCUAGGAGGGCUGUGAUUAGCAUCUUCACCGAGUGGUUGAGACAAGGCUGCACAGGUCAGGUGGAAGAGACAGGGCAGUUUGUCUCUAGAGUGAUCCAAACUGCAGAGCAUGACUUAGACUGGGAAGUCAGAUUUGGUUGUUUGGAACUGGUUGAUGCUUUCUGUAAUGGGCUAUUUCGCCAGCUUGCCCAUCCUGACUGCCCACCCAUCUCAUCUGCAGCCACUACUUCCAUUCGUAAGAGUGAGUUGCUGCAGAUACUUUGCCGAGCAAAACUGUUCAGGUUUUUGUUUAGGUCUUUGUGUGACUGUGACAAAAUAUUAGGUCAGAAAGCCUGUGAUAUGCUGCUGGGCUUAAGUACUUGUUUCUGUCCCUUUGGAAACCAGAGAAAUUUAGACAAGCCUGUAGAUUUACCUGCAGAACACAGCAUUGCCUGGUUACAAAGAACACUAAGGCAGGGUUCUCUGGCACAGAACUUCCCCACAGAUGGUGUUAAUGGGGUAGAUUUUGAAGAUCCAGAGAGCAUGAUGCUGGCUUUGGUUACAGUAGACUUAAUAGAGCUACAUGAUGAGCUAAAUAAAAGUAGUGAUCAUGUGGAGAAAAGCCCUCAGUCCCUCUUAGAGGACAUCCUUGCUACUGUGGGGACCAUAGAAGAGAAUGAAGCUGACUGUUACUGAAGACAUCUUUUGUUUUGAAGGAGCAGUGCUUAAGCAGUUUUCUUCUGGAAGAGAAUUUUUUUACUACCAGUCGUGAAGUCUUUCUCAAGAGAGGGCGACAAGAAGUCCUGUGCUGAAGGGAAUUAAAAAGGAAAGUUUUGUUU